GGACAAAUAUUGCUGGUUCUGCCUGUCCAGUUUCUUAUGUAACAGCUCCCAGGGACAGAGGGCUGCAUGGGGGAGAGAUGCCUGGUUUUUGGAAUUAGCUCCUUGGGCAAGAAACCUUAGAUCUGAUUCCUCAUCCUACAAGGAGUCAGCUGAGAAACUCCCCCCUGCUCAAGCCCAAGCAAUGACCAAGCCUGGCACAACCAGCAGCCUCCCCAUCCUUCUCCAGAUAAAGCUCACCCACUCUGGGCAGGGCUCCUCAUGCUGUUGGAGAGGUCAGGAUCAGAACAGGACAGUGCUCCCUUUCCUGGCUGAGCCCCCUGCUCUCCCUGCCCAGCCUGCAGAGCAGAGCAAUCAGCUAAAUGCUUUAUCCCUCUGCAGCCAGUCACGCCAGGGAAAAAAAAAUAAAGAAAGAAGCCUGAAGUGAUCCCUUUGCUGGCCUGACACCUUAAAGCCUCUCACCUCUCCCUGUCUUUCAUCGGAGUUCUAAACUCCUUAGGAUGUCAUCACGUGCUCCAUAAAUAACAAAUAUAUAUAAGCAGGGGCUGUGGAGGAUGCAGCAGACAGAGGAGGGGAGGCAAAACCCCGGAUCCUCCUCUCCUGCCAGCGCUGAGACAGCACCAGGUGGGCAGGGAGCGGCUCAGCGCCCCGGCUGAUACUGCUGCCGGCUAACCGUGCUGGAGGAGCUCGGCUGGAAUAGAGGGCGUGGGAGCCGGCAGGGGCUGCCCCUGACCGAGGGAGCGGCGGGAAGCCAGGCAGGAGGAGGAGGAGGAGGAGGAGGAGGAGGAGGAGGAGGAGGAGGAGGAUGUCGGCGCUGAGCGCGUUGCCCUUCCUGAAGCCGGUCCAGCUGCGGUCGCCCCGCAGCUCGCCCGGGGGCCAGCGCCGGCACACGCUGCCCGCCAGCGAGUUCCGCUGCCUCAGCCCCGGGGACGCCGGCAGCGUGUUCGAGAUCGAGCGCGAAGCCUUUAUAUCGGUUUCUGGGGACUGUCCCCUGCACCUGGAUGAGAUCCGCCACUUCCUGAACCUGUGCCCGGAGCUGUCCCUCGGCUGGUUUGAGGAAGGGCGGCUCGUGGCAUUCAUCAUCGGCUCCCUCUGGGACGAGGAGAGGCUCAGCCAGGCAGCCCUGACCCUGCACAAGCCGCAGGGCUCGGCCGUGCACAUCCACGUGCUGGCCGUGCACCGCACCGUGCGCCAGCAGGGCAAGGGCUCCAUCCUGAUGUGGCGCUACCUGCAGCACCUGCGCUGCCUGCCCUGCGCCCGCCGCGCCCUGCUCAUGUGCGAGCCCUUCCUCGUGCCCUUCUACCAGAAGUGCGGCUUCCAGGCGCUGGGGCCCUGCCAGGUGACCGUGGGGGACCUGGCCUUCGUGGAGAUGCAGCACGCCGUGCGGGGACACGCCUUCAUGCGCAGGAACAGCGGCUGCUGAGGCCCCGCUGCCCUGCCCUGCCUGGGGGGACGAGAGGCUGCAAGCCCUCUCCAUCCCCACGGCUGUGAUCCAUCAUCCCCGGCUGGCCCUGGCUCCAGCUGCUCCCUCCGCCACAUCUGCCUUCCAGCCACACCAGCCUGGCCCCAUCCCAUCCCUGCAGGGCUGGGCACGGGAGUUCCUGCCAAUCCUGCUGGAAGCAUCAGCACCCUGGGCUCUGCUUUAGCCAGGGCUGCCCUG